AUGAGGACUACAACCACCACAGCCACUGGCAGUGCUGCAGGCGAGGAGCCAUCCAACCCUUUGGAAUUCGUGUCUUCACUGAUCAGCCCAGUGCUGGACACGGAAGAAGACGCUCAUCCCGUGAACCCUGGAUUACGGCUGCUGGGAGGGGUCACCGUCUAUCUGCUCUCUUGUCCGGACUCUCUGGGCUUGGAGACCAUUGUCAGACUGCAGUGUUUUGGCAGGAGGCCCUGCAAGCAGCGCCGUGGCCCCGUACUCACUGUAGCAACAGGAGCCCUGCUUUCAGCUGCUGUCUGUGCUUCAGGGCCACACAGGAAGGGACUCAGCAUCAAACGGAGUGUGCACCCCACAAAUUGCAGAAAUAAUAUUCUUGAUCCGAGUUGUCAACUGCCAACCUCUCCUGUAACCCCGCCCACUUCAAACCGGAAACUCCCCUACGUGCACCGGAACUCCUGCCCUUUCUCUGUACUGAUAAGCAGGUGCUGCCUUGUGGACUGGGUUCCUGCAUACCCUCAUUUUCUUGGGAUCUCUCUGAGUCCAGCAUCUCUCCAGGCUGAGUUCACUGUGCACUUGUGUAGGAAUGGGCGUACAUCAUCACGCCUGUCACCUCCGCGUCCCUCGGAAGCUCAGCAGAAUUACUUCUCCCGAAAUAAAAAUAGUCUCACUCUUUACAACUGA